AAUGUCGAUUCUACGUGUUUUGAGUACCGUUCCAUUCAGCAAUCGUCCACCAGUACAAGAUAUAAUAGCUAAUUUACAUUCUUAUUUUACUUUUAAUUUUUUGAUUGGCUUGGCUAUUUUGUUAAGUUAUAAACAAUUUGGAGGUCGACCUAUUGAGUGUAUGACGCCUGCUGGAUUUUCUUCGUCUUGGACUGAUUACACAGAAAAUUAUUGUUAUACGGCCAACACUUAUUUUGUAGCUAUAGAUAAAGCUGAACAAAUAAUAGUGAAUAUAAGUGAUGAGGAAAGAAGAGAAAGACGAAUUAGUUAUUAUCAAUGGAUUCCCUUCUUUUUAAUUUUUCAAGCUGGGUGUUUUAAAGUGCCUGCUCUAAUUUGGAAAUACUUUCAUGCACAAUCAGGAAUGAAAGUAGGCGAAAUUCUUCGAAUAGCAUCCAGUGAAGCUAAUAGUGAUCCAACAAUUAGAGCGGAUAAUAUUAAUUCUCUUUGUAAUCAUUUGCAGAAAGUUUUAAAAUUUCAUAGAAGAUUGGAAAUGAGAAGAAUUCGCCCUCACAGAUUUUUUCGGCUAUUAAACAUGAAAUAUUCUGCUUAUUAUGUAACACUUGUAUAUUUAUUGAGUAAAUGUUUAUUUUUUAUUAAUGUAACGGGACAAUUAAAUUUUCUUAAUCGUUAUCUUUUUGGGUCAAAUGAUAAUUUUGGGUUUGAAUUUUGGAGAAAUUUGUUGCACUGGAAUUCAACUUUUUGGAAGGAAUCUGGAGUGUUUCCUAGAGUUACUUGGUGCGAUUUUGAUGUGAGAGAAAUGGGACAAUCAGUUAACCAUACAGUUCAAUGUGUUUUAGUUUUAAACGUUUUUAUGGAAAAAGCUUUUAUGCUUUUGUGGGGAUGGUAUACAGUUUUGGCAAUUAUUACUUUGGCUAAUAUUAGUGCUUGGUUUUAUGGUUACUUAAGUACAGCUUCUGCCGAACAUUUUAUUUUUAACCAUUUAGAGAUGGCUGGUGAACCAUUAUUUGAUAAAGAUCCAAAUAUUUUACAACCAAAGCAAAUUCAGCAAUGUGUAGCUAAAUUUAUUGUAAAAUAUUUAAAAACGGAUGGAUUAUUUAUUCUUCGAUUAAUUGCCCAACACGCGGACGUGCAAAUGUCAACACAAUUAAUUUAUAAAAUGUGGACAAGUCAUUAUAUUAUUGAAAAACAAAGAGAAUCAUUAAAGAAAUCAGAACCUAUAUGGAAACGUCAUUUAUUGGCAUUAGAAAAAAUGACAGUACAAGUAGAAUUAGAGGGAGAUGAGAUGCAAGAACAUACAUAUCCAAAAAUGGGACAUAGACGUGAAAGUAUUACAAGUUUGGCGGAAAGUGAAACAACUAGAUGUUAAUUGGAGGUUAAAGGUUUUCUAGUCACUUUUUUUGGAACACCAGUUUUUUUUGGGGGAACAGGCCCAUAGCCAUGAUUUUUUCAGGGGGAGGGGCAAGGGGGGAAAUUUGUCUGCGCCGAAUUUUAACGCCGCAGGCGAAAAUUUUGAGAAUUUUUGAAGGCCCUGGCUACGGGCCUGUUAGG